AUGAUAAAAAAAAAGGAAAAUGAAAAUUUCUCUCUUCCAAUAGAGGAAAAUAUAAAAACUUAUGUGUAUUGUAAAAAUAAUAAUUUCCAUAAUUUGUUAGGGUUAUAUAUAGAAAAGAAAAUGUUCUACAUGAAUAUCAUGUUGAGCAUAGAAUAUAAUGAAGAAAAAAAAAAAAUUCGGAAAAAAGAAAAAAUGGAUACACAAAAUAUAAAUAAAUUUAGAUUGUAUUAUAUACAUAACGAUAAAAAAAUAUUCACGGAUGAAAAGGUUGAAGAUAGUUAUAUAUAUGAAAAUAAAAAUAUGUGUGAUGAUAAAGAAGAAAAUAUAAACAAUAUAUUAAUACAAAAUAUUCCUUUAUUAUGGAAUUUGAACUUUUUGUUUUUUUUUAAAAUAUAUAUUCAUAAUGUUUUAAGCAAUGUUCAUAUAUGUAUAGAUGAUAAACCGAAUGAAACAUUUUUUGAGUUUUAUUAUAUUUUUAAAAAUAAAAAAAAAAAAAUCUACCUGGAUAAUUCAGAUGAUAAUAUGACCGACAUAUAUUGUGAUGUUUCUGAAGAAUCUGGAGAUAGUGAUUACAAUUAUUUUUAUGAGAGAGCUAAUGAAUUUAAUUAUUUAGAAGAUGAAGAAAUAAUUGAUGACAAUGAUGACGAAAGGAAAAAUUUGCUGUUACAAGGAAAUAAUAAUAAUAAUAAUAAUAAUAACAUAUCUUAUAAUAAUAAUAAUAAUAAUAUAUCUUAUAAUAAUAAUAAUAUAUCUUAUAAUAAUAAUAAUAUAUCUUAUAAUAAUAAUAUAUCUUAUAAUAAUGAAUAUAAUACAAACCAUACAGAAGAUAAAUAUAAUAACCAAAUGUGUUAUAUAAAAAAAAAUUCUUAUAAAAAAAAAAGUCUAUCUUCAAUACAUAAAAAUAAUUAUAGUAAUGAUUUUAAUCAAAUCACAUUUGAAAAAAAAAAUUCAAAUAUAUCAUUUGAUGAAGAUAAAAAAAAAAAAAAAGAAAAAAAAUUUAAAAAAUAUUUAUGUCAAUGUUGUAAACAUAAAAUUAAUCAUAAUGUUUUAUUUAAUAUUAAUAAUGUAUGUUUAUUACAAAUGUUCUUUUCGAAUUUAACAAAAAAAGAAUUAUUCUUUUGGGCAAGUCUAAAAUAUUAUUUAGAACAUUUUCUAGGAAAUAUAAAAUCAUACCCUUUUUAUAAAGGAUAUUCAAACUUUGUGCAAACACCAUUUAUUGAAACUAACACAAUAAUCAAUGUACAAAAGAAUAUAUUACAUCAUAAUCAUUUAUAUUUUCUUAUUACUAAAAGGAAAAAAAAAUAUAUCCUUCUACUUAAAAAAGAAAACAAAACUAUCAAAUGUUUAUUUGAACAUUCGUUAAAUUCGUUACGCAUAUCGAUCAAAUAUAUAUUCACACCAAAUAAUUAUAAAAAUGAAAAAAAAAACAAUAACAAUAACAAUAAUAAUAAUAAUAACAAUAAUAAUAAUAAUAAUAACAAUAAUAAUAAUAAUAAUAACAAUAAUAAUAACAAUAAUAAUAACAAUAAUAAUAACAAUAGUUAUAACAAUAGUUAUAACAAUAGUUAUAACCAUUUUUCUUCUAUCCUUUCAAGGUUAAUUAAAAAAUAUAAAAAAUUUAUAAACAAAUUCAUUUUUAGCAACACCUGUGAUGAACAACAUAAUCUACAAUGUGAUAAUAGUUCUUAUUAUAAAUCUAUACAUAAUCAUCUUAACCCUAUUGUUUUAAAAAAUAAAUCAGAAGAAAAUUAUGAUUUCUCCAUUUUAAUACAUAACGUACAUAUUGAAAUAUACGGUUAUAUAUAUAUGCGUAACUAUAUAUUCUUCUUAAUUAUAAUGAUUGAAAUAUAUUUAUUUAUUUAUUUUAAUCAAAUAGGAUAUACAUAUACAAAUAACACAAAUAUAUUCCUUGAACAACUUUUGAAAAAUUUAUUUACAUAA